AUGACUGUGGUUAGUCCAUCAGAUGCCUUGAUUCUGGUGUCGGAAUCCAUUCUCAGCUCUAUCGAUGAAUUAAAUAGAUUGGAGUUUCAAAAAAAAGGAAGAAAAUAUAGGUUUGUCGACAAUAGCUUUCGCAGAAUAAGAGAAGAAGAAAGACAUUUAGUCAUAUGUCCAGAAGACCUACAAAUGCAUGCCUCCAUUGCAAGCUCUUAUUUCAUCUUAUCAAACAUUGACGACGGUGCUAUUUUGAAUCGAUUUCCAGAUCUAUGCUUGGCUAUCGUUGGCUUUGCCAGUGAAUUAGAACGCAAUGGUUGGUAUGAAGAAAUCAACUCUUCGGUUGUUCACUUGAAGGAUGCAAAGUUCAAUCCGAUGGCAACAAGCCUGGAGGCGAUUGAGUUUUUUAAUCGUGUGCAGCCUAAGCAUAUAUCAAUGGGAGUUGAUUUGAUGAUCAGCUCUAAAUUAAACUUUAUUCAUACGGACCAUCACGUUGGUGCGAAGUUGGAAGGUCAGUAUUUGAGGUUUUUCGUGGAGAAAUAUUUCGGAGAAGAGGCAUUGCUAUCUAACGAAGUUUUAGUUGCACUUAAAAGUUUCGUACAUUGGGGAAAUAUCAAGGGAAUAUUGUAUAAAUUAGAGGUACCGAGUGUAGAAAUCUCACUUCAACUACAAGAGCAAUUCAAUUCCUUCCCAGAACCUAGCAAUGAGCUUAAGCGGGCCGUAUUUGAUAGAUACCCUUCAGGGACAUCGAAGUACUCCUUACUCAAAAGGGCAAUCGAUACUCUUGGCGAGUGGACUUAUGCAGAAUUGAUUCCCUAUCCUAAAGGAAAUGAGUUCGACUUAAAUUGGUUGUAUGAAUUGUGCGAUGAUAUUGAAAAUAAUCCUAUUAAGUAUCAUCUACGAAGCUCAGCUAAGAAUUUGUGCAAAACGCCAGUAAAUCUCGCAGAGUUGUCAACUCUGUAUUCAUCAAAUGUAAAUAAACUAUUACAUUUAAUUGCAUUAAUCAUAAACAUAUUCGAUAAUACCGGUGGAGAAUUUUUACUACAGAACUCAAAGAUUCCAAAAUUUGAGGAUGACCUAAUUAAUCAAAAUAUCGAUUAUUACAACGACCUUGUGGCCAUCAAGGAAAAAAUCUACAAAUAUGAAGAAAAGCAGUGGGACCAUGAUGACAUUGUAUUGAGAUUACGAAAUGAUGAUAUUCACAUGAAUUCUUUGUACGAAAAGGUUCAUGCCAUGAGGCAGAUCUAUAAUGAUGAUCUUGAAUGA